AUGGCAAUACAACCCCUUGACCUUCGAGGCCUUACGCCUGCUCCUGUCACCCCCUUCACCAAGGACGGAGCGGUAGACUACGAGGCCAUCCAACGUCUCGGAUCAUGGCUUGGUAGCAUAGCAGGAGUCAAAGGUCUCGUGGUCUUGGGCCACGCUGGCGAAGGCACUUUCCUAUCGGAGGAGGAGCAAUUAAACGUCAUCAAGGCUUACGUGAAGUCCGUAGACAACAAGAUCCCCAUCAUUGCUGGCAUCACACGGGAGGGCACAGAGGUGGCAGCAUUAGAAGCAAAGAAGGCCAAGGAAGCAGGCGCCUCUGCUGGGCUCCUUUAUCCUUCUCAUGGCUGGCUUCGGUUUGGCUAUCAACCCGGGGCUCCGCAGGAUCGGUACAAGCGCGUGUUCGAGGUCUCGGGCCUGCCCUUGAUCCUAUUCCAGUACCCAGACGUUACCAAGUGCACCUAUAGCCUGCAGACGAUGCUGGACAUCGCGGCGCAGCCAGGCGUCUUCGCCAUGAAGAACGGGGUGCGCAACAUGCGGCGCUGGGACACCGAGAUCCCCGUGAUCCGCAAGGAGCGGCCCAAUCUGCAGAUCCUGACCUGCCACGACGAGUACCUCCUGCACACGUGCUUCGACGUGGACGGCAUGCUGGUCGGCUACGGCACCAUCGCCCCCGAGCCCCUGAUCGAGAUGAUCAAGGCGGGCAAGGCCAAGGACUACGUCAAGGCCCGCAGCAUACACGACCAGCUGCUUCCCCUCACCAAGACCGUGUACCACCGCGGCUCGCAUAUGGAGGGCACCGUGGCGCUGAAACAUGCGCUGGUGGCGCGCGGCAUCUUGGACCACGCCACGGUGCGGUCGCCGCUGCUGCCUCUGCCAGAUGGUGCGGCCGAGGAGAUCCAUGCCGCCAUUACGGAGGCAGAGCUUCCCCGUGUAGCACAAUAG